GACGAGGCUCGGUUGAGUCGUAGUUGAAGAGGAGUGCGGUUGGAGUGCGGCCGCGAUGAUCUGACAGAUGAAAUAGCGAAAAAGAGAAAGACCUCCCACAUUAAACAAUGUUCCCCAAAGGCAAAGGCAGCCCGGUGCCAUCGGACGGCCAAGCACGAGAAAAGUUGGCUCUCUAUGUCUAUGAGUAUCUAUUACACAUAGGAGCUCAGAAGUCUGCACAGACCUUUCUAUCAGAGAUCCGAUGGGAGAAAAACAUAACUCUUGGUGAACCACCUGGAUUUCUGCAUUCCUGGUGGUGCGUAUUCUGGGACUUAUAUUGCGCUGCGCCGGAGAGGAGAGAGACAUGUGACCACUCCAGUGAAGCGAAAGCCUUCCAUGAUUACAGUGCAGCUGCAGCCCCAAGUCCUGUAAUGGGGGGGAUGCCUCCAGGGGAGGGCAUGCCAGGAGGACCCAUGCCACCAGGCUUUUUCCAGGGUCCUCCUGGUCCCCAGGGCUCUCCUCACCCUCAGCCUCCUCCCCCUAACAGUAUGAUGGGACCUCACAGUCAGUCUUUCAUGUCCCCGCGAUUUGCUGGAGGUCCAAGAGGUCCACCUAUUAGACUUGGCAACCAGCCACCAGGUGGAGGACCAGGCCCUCAUCCUAUGCUGCCCAAUAUGGACCCCACUCGACCACAAGGACAUCCUAAUCUCGGUCCAAUGCAGAGAAUGAGUGGGCCUAGAGGCAUGGGGCCAAUGGGACCCGGCCCACAGAACUUUGGUGGUGGAAUGAGACCUCCACAUAACAAUAUGGGUCCUGGAAUGCCUGGAGUGAACAUGGGUCCAGGGACAGGUCGACCAUGGCCCAAUCCCAACAAUGCCAACUCUAUGCCUUACUCAUCACCUUCUCCUGGCGCUUAUGGGGGGGCAUCUGGUGGGGGUGGACCUCCAGGAACUCCUAUUAUGCCAAGCCCUGCAGAUUCCAAUAACUCUGGCGACAAUUUAUAUACCAUGAUCAACACUGGACCCGGCAACCGAAAUAAUUUCCCUAUGGGCCCUGGCUCAGAUGGGCCCCUGGGAGCCAUGGCUGGGAUGGAACCACAUCACAUGAACGGAUCACUAGGGUCUGGUGAUAUGGAUGGAUUGAACAAGAAUUCUCCAAACAAUUUAAGUGGCAUUAGCAAUCCUCCUGGGACACCAAGGGAUGACGGGGAGCUCAGCGGAAACUUUCUUCACUCCUUUCAAAGCGAGAAUUAUUCUCCAACCAUGACGAUGAGUGUGUGACACGCCUUCACUCACCCCGCAUCGUUUGCCAUCAUUCCUGAGGAUCGAUACUCACAUAAGGACACAGCCAAACACAUCAGCACCAAAUUGUGGACAGAUAGGCGCCUUUUUUGGGAAUCUACGCUAACCAGAAUGCUGAUAGGGGGAAAAAACCAAAAUGGCUGACAACCACUGCUCCUGGCUCAAAAUGAAGGACAAUUUCUCCAUUAAUCACAACCCUAGAGUGCGACAAAACCAGCUACUGAAAUGCAUACAUGACACGUUUCGCUCCCAUCAUUCUUAGCAGGGCCCAACCCCCGCCCCUGCCCAUCCAACCUCCUCUGCUCCUCUUGAGUGUUGGGGAAAAUGGUUAAAGUUUACCUCUUGUAUUUUUUAUUAUUGCUUUGUGUUGCAAGAUGUGCAGGAAAUGUCUCCCGCUUUUGUCAUUGAAAACACUGGAGAUUGUGCAAAUGCAUUGUGAGCAUUUUUACUGUCAGUCAACAUAAGACUUUGCGUUUUUCUCUUUGGCCACCAUUUAUUAUUCUUACUAAAAUCCACCUUUUCUAUUUGGAGAGGUUUUUAGAGGAUUCACAUAAACUGUUUUGAAGACUCUAACAGUAUGUCAGUGCUCAGAUGGCUCUUAAAUACUCCAAUUGAUCAAACUGAUUAGUCUGUAGUAACACCUGGACUGCUGUCGAAUUGUAUCAAGGGAAUUUCGGCAUAAGACAUGAGUGCAUGAAUGCUGAGAAUCUGUGUACAACAUACUACCUAGUGCUGCUCUUACUGUGUGGACACCUGCUUUAAGAUGUGGUGUAUCUUUACCUGCCUGUGCUUUUAACGCUCUGUGCUCCUCAUUGUCGUAGCCUUCUGUGUUUUUUCCACUUUGGUUAAUUAUGUUGAAAUGGCUAUGAAUGAGCUGCCCAUUUUAAUCCCAUUAUGCAUAUUGGUUGUUCACCUGUCGUUCCUGCAGCAUUGGUCACUUCCCAGGCCCCGUCCCUACACAUUUUUUAUAUUUUGAUACAAUCUUUGACUACGUAUAUUGCCCCACUUAUUCAGAGUUAGUCAAAGCUUUCUAAACUGAUUCUAGUAGGCGUCAUAUAAAGUUAGCAGCAGUCUUGUAAAUGUGACAAUGAUUUGUUUCAUUAUUUUCCUGUGAACAUUAUGCAUUAUACACAUCUAUGUUGCCUUUAUUUGCUGAUAUUUUUUUAUUUCAAAUUGAGGAAAGAUUGCUUGUUAAUAUAAUUUUACAAUAACUUAAA